GAAUUUCAGAGGGCUACGAAGUGGCUCGCAAAAACUGAAACCAUGAUAAACCUGUUCAGGUGCUGCAAGAAGCUGUCCUUUUGGCUGGAUCUGGAUUAAUAUGGCUGCCCCUCUAAAAAGCAUGGUGUUUCUCCCUGGAGAAGUUCCAGAUGCUAGCGGGAACCAUCCAGUUUUGCCUCUGUUUGUGUUGACAGCAUUAGAACUCAUGACCUGGAAAGACCCCUUGGUUUAGGGAUUCUUGGCAGCAGAAUCCUCUGCAUAUCCCCCCUGGCAGCAAACGAGGCAGAAGACGGCACUCAGGCACAUACAGAUGGUGGGUGAGAAAGACCCUAAAGCUGAAAUGGGGGUAGGAAGAGGCUCGGGCGCCAGGGGGCUCUGGAGGGAAACCAGGCCAAAGAUCCUACAGAGUGAGGAGGCUCUUACCUUGGAGAUGCAGCACCAGCGUUUCAGGCAGUUCUGCUACCGGGAGGCCGAUGGGCCCCGAGAGGUUUGCAGCCAGCUCCAUAGACUUUGCAACCAGUGGAUGAAGCCAGAGAGGCACUCCAAGAAGCAGAUCCUGGACCUGGUGAUCCUGGAGCAGUUCCUGACCAUCCUGCCCCAGGAAAUGCAGCGCUGGGUCAGAGAAUGUGGGCCAGAGACCAGUUCCCAGGCGGUGGCCCUGGCCGAAGGUUUCCUCCUGAGCCAAGUGGAGAAGCAGAAGGAGCAGGUACAUGGACCAUUCUUGGAGACGUUUGCUGAGUCAGAAAAGGAUCCAUCAAAGACCUGCCCGAAUCCACAGUUCAGGGCUAUCAAACAGGAGGAUCCAACGCCAGACACCUCCCUGGAAUUUGGAACGGCAUCCUCAGCAUGUUCCAAGUCAUCUCCUCUUUGUGAUUCAGCAGCCACUAUGCAGCCAGCUCCGAUCAAGGAAGGUCCCAUGUCUUUUGAGGAGGUGGACGUGGACUUCACCAAGGAGGAGUGGGAGCUGCUGGAUCCGGCCCAGAGGGCUCUGGCCAUGGAAGUCACGUUGGAGAAUUUGGGGAAUGUGGCAUCUCUAGGUGAACUUUUGACUCCCAGAUCUGAAGAAGAAAAGAUGUUUGCCCAGAAUUCCAAGGGAAGAGACAGAACAGGAGAAAGUGAUGGGCAGGGAAGGGAGAAUGAGCAAGAACCUUAUGGGAUGUUGGCAAACAAAGCCUGUCAGCCAGAGUUGGAUAAAAAUGUCAUGAAUCAAGAAAGAACACAAAUGCAGGAAGGAAACCAAACACAGAAUCUGCAGAGUACAUCUCAUGCUUCUCCAGAAAGGUACUUGCAGGUUAGCCCAACCCAACAAGAAAUCAAGAACAGAAAGGGAAGGAAUGAGUGUCCUGUAUGUUCCAAAAACUUCAGCAGUAAAUCGAAUCUUAAUGUACACCAGAGAAUUCACACAGGGGGGAGACCUUACAUAUGCUCAGAGUGUGGCAAGGCCUUUCGCGAAAAAGCACACCUUAAUUCACAUCAGAAAACCCACACAGGAGAGAAACCAUAUACCUGCACAGAAUGUGGGAAGAACUUCAGCCAGAGCAAAAAUCUCACUUCUCAUCAAAGAAGCCACACAGGUGAGAAGCCAUACACAUGCACUGAGUGUGGGAAGGGUUUUAGUCAGAAGGCAAACCUUGUGAAACACCAAGGAACCCACACAGGAAAGAAACUGUAUAAAUGUUUGGGAAAUGGAAAGAGUUUAAGUCAAAGCACAUUCAUUACUGCACAUCCGACGACUGAUAUCCGAGGGAAACUGCAUAAAUGCCUGGACUGCAAUCGCAGCUUUUUAAAUAUGUCAGAUCUGGUUCGACAUCAGAGGAUCCACACAGGAGAGAAACCAUAUAAAUGCUCAGUAUGUGGGAAAAGCUUCAGCCAGAGUACAAACGUUUUUAGACACCAAGAAACCCACACAAGGGAGAAACCAUACAAAUGUUCAGAGUGUGGAAAGAGCUUCCGGUGGAAUGCGCAGCUCAUUUCGCAUCAGACAGUUCACACGGGGGAGAAAAUGUGCAAAUGCUCAGACUGUGGCCAGAGUUUUUGUAGCACUUCCAACCUGGUCAGACACCAGAGAAUCCACACAGGGGAGAAGCCAUAUGAGUGCCUGGAAUGUGGAAAGCGCUUCAACCAAAGAAACAAUCUAACGUCGCAUCAAAGAGUCCACGCAGCGGCAAAAUUAUAUCAUGCCUUGGGGUACAGAAAGAGUGAAAUGUCCGGCCCAGAACCCAGUGCCACACAUUCUGCUACACAAUCCCAGUGUUCAAGCCUCCUCCCAUUAAACCAAAACAGCAUAGAGGAGCAGCGCCCUCCACUGGAUGCCACCCAAUUUGUGUGGCUUUAUUUCAGUAGCCUCCUUAAAAAUAGCUCUGCUACUUAACGUUGUUCCGGGGAUGCCUGGCCAAGGCUUCAUCAGAUCUCAGAAGCUAAGAAAAGCACUGGCAUAACUAGGGUGGGGCAAUCCAGGGCAUGUGCCGGGGCGCUACUUGCCUGGGGCACCCUGGCCGCCCCUUUGAAGGGCAGGAAACUGCCUCCCACCACUACUGAAAGAACUGGUCUACCCACCAUUGAAAGCAAUGGGUAACUGAGCUGCCAGAAGUCAGGUCUACCACAUCUUCUACAUGCAGUUGAAAGCAAUGGGUAGACCUGGCUGCUGGAGAAUUGGUCUACUAAUCUGGAGAAGACUUGUCGGAUGGGGGGGGGGCUUCAGUGUUUGCCCUGUGCACCACUGUCUGCAGAUACAUUCCUGAAGCAGGAUUGCCCCUGGUUAAUACUUGGAUCGGAGACCACCAAAAAGGCCAGGGUUGCUACACAUAGGCAGGCAAUGGCCAACCUUCUCUGAAUGUCUCUUGCCUUGAAAACUUUACACUGGGAAUGAUAGGAUUGACUAUGGAACCUUCUGCUUCUGGCCUGUGGCAAUCACCCAAGGUAGUGAUGAGUUAUUUAAAAUUGUGCAUUUCUGGACAUUCUGCCUCUCAGUUUCACUGGGGCCCCUUCUGCACAUGCAGAAUAAUGCACUUUCAAUCCACUUUCACAAUUGUUUGAAAGUGGAUUUUGCUAUUCUGCACAGCAAAAUCCAGCUGCAAAG